AUGGAGUCCUGUGUAGAUUUAAAAUUACGAAUUUUCAAAUUUGUGGCGUACUCUGUCGUUGGAAGCUCAGUAAUAGCUACAGCGUUUCUUUGUGUAACACUACCGUUGAUUUACGAGCAUGCACAAAAUGGAAUGAUGACUAUUAGCAGAGAAGGAGCAUAUUGCAAGAAGUCUAUAAACGAAAUCUGGUUUGAUAUGACCGAAGAUGUCGACAUCGUCCACAAUCGAACAAUUCGCGAAGCUUACACUGUUACUAGAGGUGAAGGUAACACUGGUUACGCUGUUGGAAGAGGAAGCAAUAUUAAACCCCGCGGCUAUAAUACUGGGUAUAGAUCCCAGAAAAAGAAGAAUAAUGGUUGGAGAAGCCCACCACGCAGCGGAAUUGUUGUUGCGUCAGAAGGAGGAACCUGCAUGGGAUGCUGCAAUCCAGGUCCUCCCGGUCCAUCUGGCCACCCAGGAAAACCAGGUCGACCAGGAAGACCAGGUGGUCACGGGAUGCCAGGAAUGCCCGGACUAGGCGCAUCGCCUUGCCAACCUAGAACUCAAUCACAGUGUCAACAAUGUCCACAGGGACCCCCAGGCCCUCCAGGUCUGAACGGACAGCCCGGCCUGCCCGGUGGAAUGGGGCCACCAGGUCAGUCAAUGUCAAACGUACUACCAGGACCUCUAGGACCACCAGGACCGCCCGGGCAGCCUGGUAACCACGGUUUGGCAGGGCAACCAGGAAGUCCUGGACAAUCGGUGCUGGGCGGAAUCGUCGGGUUUGCUGCACCAGGCCCAAUGGGUCCUCCUGGACUAAUGGGGCCACCAGGCUUGGAUGCACAAAAUGGAGCAAAUGGCUUUGGCCCGCCAGGACUGCCAGGACCACCAGGACCACCAGGAAGACCAGGAAGCGACGGUAAUCCUGGAGUUCCAGGGCAAAGUGGUGGAUCAAGAAGACAUGGAGAAAAGGGUGUUUGUCCAAAGUAUUGUGCCAUGGAUGGAGGAGUAUUUUUCGAAGAUGGCACUGUUCAGCGCUAG